CCGCGGCUGCAAUAUGACUCUGGAAGAGCUCGCUGGCGACCAUCAGACUUUGGGAAGCAUGGCGAAGGUAGGGGAUGCCUUGGAGGAAGUCCUAAGCACAGCCCUGAGUCAGAGAAGCAUCACUAUUGGAGUCUAUGAGGCUGCCAAACUGCUCAACGUGGAUCCAGAUAAUGUAGUGCUUUGUCUGCUGGCUGCAGAUGAGGAAGACAAUCAGGAUGUUGCUCUACAAAUUCACUUCACCCUGAUCCAAGCAUUUUGCUGCGAGAAUGACAUCAACAUACUCAGGGUGAGCAACCCAAGCCGGCUAGCUGAGCUGCUGCUCUUAGGUGCCGGUGGGGGAGGUGAGCAGCCUGCAGACCUGCACUGCAUACUUGUGACGAAUCCACAUGCCUCUCAAUGGAAGGAUCCAGCCUUGAGUCAGCUGAUCUGUUUUUGCCAGGAAAGUCGUUACAUGGAUCAGUGGGUCCCAGUGAUCAACCUUCCUGAACGGUGACAGUAUAUGGAA